AUGCCGAAGCGGACUACGCACACGUACUCCAGCGAGGACGCCGCGCCGGUCGGCCCGGACUCCGAUCUCUUCGUAUACUAUUGCAAGCACUGCAGCUCUCACAUUCUCAUCACCGAUACACAAUUGCAGAAAAUGCCAAAGAGAAAAACUGACAAAGCAUAUGUAUUGGACAAGAAGAAGCAUCUUGCAAGGCUGAAUACUAGUGAAGGGGGAAAAAUUCUCUUGAAGCGUGGUGAAGGAAAAAUGGAGAGGCAGUAUAGAAUGAAUUGUCUGGGUUGUGAGCUGUUUGUUUGCUAUCGUGCAGAAGAAGAUCUAGAAUCCUCCUCUUUCAUAUAUGUGGUUGAUGGUGCUCUUAGUGCAAUUACUGCUGAAACCAAUCCGCAGGAUGCUCCUGUACCGCCCUGUAUAUCACAAUUAGAAGGAGGCCUUGUUCAAGUGGCAAUAGAAGUGGAAGACCGUGCACAGCGGUCUGCAAUAACAAGAGUAAAUGCUGAUGAUGUUCGGGUCUCUGUAGCUGCACCUGCAGCCCGGGGAGAAGCUAACAGUGAGCUUUUAGAAUUCAUGGGAAAAGUAUUGGGCCUUAAAUUAAGCCAGAUGACUCUUCAAAGAGGAUGGAAUAACAAAUCGAAGCUCCUUGUGGUCGAAGAUAUGACUGCCAGACAGAUAUAUGAUAAACUUCUGGAAGCUGCACAACCUUGA